ACGUUUACAACAUGUCUGCUUAGAGCGACUGCAGUCAGUUUGUACUUUGACCUGCUGAUCAGCUGAUAUCCUGUUUUUCUCGCCCGGCCUGAUGCAGGAAGUUUCAGGUUUGUUUCAGUUUUAAACAGGGGAGCACAGUGAAGCCAUGGACAGGCUCAUGUGUAUAGUGUUGAUUUUAAGCUUUCAUAACUUGUGGAAUGGCCUCGACGCUGUGGAGCAAGGUGUCCUGAACUUUGUGGUGCUUGCAGACUGGGGUGGGCUGCCUUUGCCUCCUUACUACACUGCUCAAGAGAAAGCUGUUGCUGCAGAGAUGGAUAGACUGGCCCAAUCCGAGGGGGUGGACUUUGUCCUCAGCCUCGGAGAUCACUUCUAUUUUAGCGGCGUCAAGGAUGUGGAGGACCCACGCUUCAAGAACACGUUUGAAGGUGUCUUCUCUCAGCCAUCUCUACUGGAUAUACAGUGGUACCUAACUGCUGGAAACCACGACCAUAUUGGCAACAUCUCAGCACAAAUGGCUUACUCUAACAUAUCCCACCGAUGGAAUUACCCAGCUCUUUAUUACGAUCUUCAGUUUACUGUUCCACACACAAACGUGUCAGUGAGCGUCCUGAUGAUUGAUACGGUGGUGCUCUGUGGAAACACGAAUGACCAAGUCCAGCCUGUGGGACCAGAGGACUCCAUGGCAGCAAAAAACCAGUGGAACUGGAUCAGUGCUAAACUGGCCAGCAGCAGGUCUGACUAUGUGGUGGUGGCUGGUCAUUAUCCUGUGUGGUCUAUUGGCAAUCAUGGACCUACAGCCUGUCUAGUCGACAAACUACGGCCUCUACUGAAGAAGUACGGAGUCACAGUUUACCUGUGUGGCCAUGAUCAUGAUCUGCAGUUUAUCAGAGAGGAUGAUGGGAGCUCAUAUGUUGUCAGCGGGAGUGGGAUGGUCAGUGACCAAUCCACUCGUCACAUCAGCAGCGUCCCUCCGUCCUGGCAGCUCUUUUCCAGUCCUGUCAAUCACACAGCAGGAGGCCUGGCGUUCUUCCAAGUGACUGAGCGUCAGAUGACCAUCAGCUACAUGCAGACAGAUGGGAAAUGUGUUUACCAGGCUGAGCUGCCAAAACGCAAAGUCUGAGGCCGCUCAUCGCCGCAGAGACCGUCAGGGAGCAGCCAUCUUUGUUCAUGUCCUGCACAGCUUUGUGUAAUUUACACUGUAAAAUAUAAAACCUUUAUUUUAAUUACAACUUUUUUAGGUUUUACAUUUAAUUAUUAUGAAAUUAAACAGCUGUUUGGUCAAUAAUAGUUUCAAAUGUAAUGCUUUUAAUUUCUACUCUUUAUGAACAGAUCAGCGUGUAUGAAUGCGUACAUAUGAAUAUGUAGGGAAAUAUAUAUAUAUAUAUAUGAUGCCACAUCACAACAGCAGCCGCUUCAGGGAACUUUAUAUUGUAAGUUAAAGGCGCUGCAAUCACACUACAGUGACAGUUACUUUGUUUGUUACUGUUGCUUUGGUUACAGAAAAGCAGCCUGUGUGAAGAACAACAUACUGGUUACUAUUUUGUAACCAUCAGCAUUGUUUUAUUUGCUUUUGUUAAACACAUUUAAUAUAAAUUCACAGUUUCACAUUCAUAGUCACAGACGGUUUAAAAAUAAUUAAGCACUUACCGGAUCAGUUAUCGAUCAGAUGCUGUGAUUGAUGAUGAUGAUAAUCAUCUAUAAUAAUGUGAUAAACUUCAGAGUGUGCAUCAAACAAAUAUCAGUGAAAAUCUGAGAAGCUGCCUGAUUGUGGCGUCAAAGUGACUUUAAUCCAACAUUUGAAGCUUUGUUCUUUAGAACAUGUACAACGUUCCCUCUGGAAUCAAUAUGUUACCACAAAGUAAUAG